AAAUGACUGGCGGUUAUAUCGUAUGGCAUUGGACUUUGGUUCGUCGGUUCAGUCUUGGAGCUUUUUGCCUUACCAUAUUGUAAAGCGUAUAUACAGUUAUUUAGGCGAUGAAGUUGUUUAUGUUUCUACCGUAUGCAAACACUGGCGUGGGGUCGCAUACACCGAUAGAUCUGUAUGGAAGAAACUACAUAUAUGUCCUCCUAAUUUUCCAGAAGUUGAAGCUCUCAAGAAUCAGAUUAUCCCUAUGAAAAUUUGUAAUGAGGUUUCGCUUGAAUUCGACCCAAGGAAUGAGUCUCAUGUUGCUGUUUUGGAAUACACACUGAGUGCUUUGUGUUCGAAUGCUGGAAUACAUUCCAUUUCCCUACGACCGACAUUAAAACUUUUAUACAAUAAAUCCUCUCUAAAUAUCUCGAACCGACUUUCAAAAAAAAUAAUAAAUGCAUUAUGUGAGGUCAUUAUGAAUGCUAAAUGUUUAAAAAAAUUUUAUUGGGGUGGGACUUAUUGUGGAAGUUAUGAAGUCAGUCGUGUAUUACAAUCAUUGACAAAAAAUCAAAAGCAUAAUUUAUUAUCAUUACAAAUUAUCAGAUUAUUUCAAAUCAAUCAAUCCAUGUCAUAUUUAAAUACAAGAUUAUUUAUAUUUUCCAACCUCAACCAAUUUUCUAUUAAUUACCUAAAUCUUUCGGAGGAUAUACUUUUAAUUUUAUCGAGAAAUUCAAACCAUCUUCGUAUUUUAAAACUUUUUGUACAAAACAGUGUUCAAGAUCUUCCCAUAAUUCGAAAUCAAAUUUGGAGACAUGUGCAUGAAAUACUUCCUAAUUUGCGUGUGACUUUAUUCCUAAUUUGUGUAAACGAUCUCAAACAAUCAACAAUCCAUUCGAACUCAAUCAAUCAACGAAUGUCUUUCAUACAAAAUACUACUCAAGAACUUGAUAAUCAAUUACCACUACCAUCAUCAUCAUAUUCAUCGAUGUCACCAUCCCAUUCUGUCACUUCUACAUCCUCAUCGCCAACGUCUUCAUCUUCACCGCAUAUACCGGUGCAAUGUCGACUGGAAAAUGAACGUGAACAACAUUUAGGGGAGUAUCAUCAUCCAUAUGGUGAACAGAAUCAAAUUUAUCAAUUACUUUCAACCAAACUUUUGCCUUCUGCUUUGCCUUUAAAUUCAAUUUAUAUAUACUAUUGUAAACCAGAUCCAUUGUCUUAUCUUAUACAAUAUUUAAUGGAUACAUUUGCUAUGAGUCUAGAGCAUUUCUAUCUAAUUGAUACUUUCAAUAUAAUAUCUGUGAUGUCAAACAAUUCUAACGGUAUUUUACAUAAUAAUUCUCAUUAUACGGAAUAUACUACCAUUACUACUAGUAGUGAUCAUAAUAAUAAUAGUAAUGGUAAUAUCAUUAGAUUUAUUGCCAAUACACCAGCAACGAUUUCUUAUGAUGCUGUUAUUAAUUAUGAUAAUUACGACUGUGUUGACUCUGAUUAUCAGUCAAUGUUCAGUUCUUAUUCCUCACAUCAUUCAUUAUUACUGGAUAGUACAAGUGAUUUUGAUAUAUUGAGCUGUGAUUCUUCCUAUGAUCUAUUUGAUUAUGAAGACAAAAGUUGUAGUAAUAAUAAUUAUUACUCAGGUAAUUUUUUGCUGCCCGUUUCAACCAGUCUAUCUUUGACUUCAUCAUCUUCGUCUUUACCGGUACCGUCAGGGUCAUGUUUGUCUGGUGAUCAAAUACACCAAUCAUUGAUAGCACCAUUAUCACUUCAUAAGAUGGUUGAACAAAUUGAAUACUCGUCUAAUUCGGAAAUUAUAUUACCAAAAAAUGGGAAUGAUAGUUUGAGCAUAAUGAAAUCAACUGCAUGUGAGGAAAGUGCUAUCGAUAAGGGUGGUGGUAGUGAUACAAGCGUCGUAUCUCAUUCAGCUCUCAUUUCUACGCAUGAUAGUAUCAAUACAACUAAAACCAAUGUUAAUGAUUAUUGUGAUUAUUUACCUUACGAUUGUAAUUAUUAUUCCAAUUUUUCCGAGGCUCCACAAUCAUCUACUUCAUCAAAUCUUGUUUUUUACUCACCGAAUUUGUAUAAAGCGCCUGAUGAUGUCAACCCUGAUCCGUUUGUUAUGCUAGCAUGGAGAUGUCAACAAUUGUCGCAUUUUACACUAAUUGGUUACUGGUUUAAUAUUGUGGAUAUGAAAGCUUUUACAGCUCUUCGUGGUACAUCACUCAAAUCUUUUCGUAUUCCUAGUUGUUGUAUUUCUAUUGAUGAUCAAUCUUGGCCAUUUAAUUUGGAUGAGAAUUUAAAUGAAGGAAAAUGAUCAAUCGGGAUUCUAAGCCGUUUGUUCAGGUGUACGCGUCAUUUGUUGGUCAUAUUAAUCCGAGUAUCUAAAUUUGGUAGCCGUAUUCGCGGUAAUCAUAUAAGCUAGAUGUCACGUAAUGUCGGCUACAAAUGGAUACCAAUGGAAGAUUUAAACUUGCCCUCUGCUGUUUGGAAUCAUCAACCACCUGAUCCUACCGCGUGUUUUUAUGAAAUUCAAAAUUCCUGUGGUCUAGACAGUGUUGAUGAUUAGUAAAUAUCACUAAAAUCAAUUGUUUUAUCCAUGUUUAUCAGUGUUAAUUAUUGUCAUUAAUUCAGUUGCAUUACAACAGACCAUUUAUCUCAUAUUUAUAUUUAUUUGUUUAAAUAAACAUCUUAUUCUCGUUACUUUUCACGCAUUAUGUUUGCAUUUUCUGGUUUCGUUGACUUUUUCUUAGUAAAUAUUUUAAGAGAUACUUUUGGCAAUAUCCUUUUUGUUGGUCCGCUAACUUCUCUGUUUCUUAUCUUGUGAUAGACUACUACAGAUAAAGAGUAAUAUUCUUGAUAUCUAGACAGUUUGACUCACUAUUCAUUCUGAUAAUCAUCUAAUGUGUAUUGUUUAUUCGCGUCUAUUUUUUAAUUCUUUUGUUCUUUAGUAUACUUAUAUGCUUUAUAGAAAUUGGAUGGGAAAUUCACUUCACUGGUUCCUGGUACUACUUUUAUCCAUCAUUCUGUGUAAUGACACUUUAAGAUAUCUCUUCAUCCUAUUCUUUGCAUAUGUUCUUGUUGAAGUGUAGAGUAUCUUUCCAUUUUUCGUCAGGCACACAAUAUAUUUAGUUUUAUUUUUGUCCUGCUUAUCUUUAACUUUUAGCUUACUGUCAUUGUUGUGAUUGUUUUCGUCAUUGUAUCAUCUUCAUAUCUGCUUCAAUGUGCAUGUAUUUUAUUAUUCACUGUCUUACUUACACGUUUAGCUUAGAAAAUAUCAAUUAUGUUUAGUGGAGAAGGGGGGCUAGUAGAAAAGCAGAAUAUUUAAAAUUCUAUAAAAUUGGGGAGAUAUUCAUUGUACCUUUUAAAUUGUUUGCUAUUAAUAAAAUGGCUUGUGUUCUUA